UUCGGGAGCCACGCAGAACGGCCGCCGGAGUGGGGCGCGGCGUGUUCAAAGGGGCCGUCCAAGGAAACCCGAUGCAACCCUUCCCCAUGCCUCCCAAACAGCAGCAACGGGCCGCACAAUGGAUGCAAAGGAGGGAAGAUCUCAAACUGGAAUACGGAGGGGAAUCAUCUGAACUGAACUUUUUCCUCAUUAGCAUCAGAGGAUAUAUAGAAGACAACGCACACACAUUCCCCUCUGAAGCAAGCAUGGUUCGGGCCAUCGGCAACACACUAAAGAGAGGAGCGGCCAGCUGGUAUGUGCAACUACAUGCCAGACGCGACCCGUGCCUGAGGUCAGUGCCCCGCUUCCUCGCCGCACUGGAAAACCGGUUCAGAGACCGGCUAGAGCAAUUGAGGGCUAGAGACCAGCUUAAAGGAAUAAAGCAGAGGGACAAAACGGUGCCCGAGUACGCAGAGGAAUUCCUCCAUCUCGCGGAAAAGGUACCAGAGUGGUCUGAAGUGACCAAAGUGGAGAUAUUCAAAGAGGGACUACGCCCCGAGGUUUUUAGUUGGGCGGCGCAUAGAGACGACCCAGAAACACUCCAGGGCUGGAUACAACUAGCGGGGCGCGUCGAAUCCACCCUGGCCCAGGUGAAGCGUUUCAGGGGCGGCGGCAGCCAGCAAAGACCGGCGGCGAAAGGUCGAGGAGAAACGAGGAAGCAGGAAAGGCCCGGAGGGAGGCCGGGGAUCCCCUUCAAAGGAGAUGACAACAAACCCAAGCCGGGAUGCUUUGUAUGUGGGAAGACGGGCCAUCGAGCAGCAGAAUGUUGGGCCCGGAAGGGGGAGCCGCCAAAACCCUCAAAGCCCAAGCCAGCAGCCGGGAGGCGAGCGGAGGAGGAGGUGCGAGCCCCAGAAUCUCCGGAAAGGCUGGAUUGUGAUGAAAGAAGAACCGAAGAGGAGGACGAAGAAAAAGAGGGCGCCAUGUCAUGGAACCAAGUCCCAGGGCUGAAUUUCCAAGCCCUGGUCUUGGAGUCAUAACAUAAAUAACCCUGAAAGCACCUGGCGGGAGAAGAUAUAAUGAGCCUGGGAACUCAGGGUUGAAAGUAUAAACAAUCAUAAUUGGUAUAGUGUGUGAGAAUAGUAGAAACGUGAGACAAAGGGGUGGGGUUUGAUGAUGAUAUUUGCGUGUGGUGUUACGUUGCAUCAGAGGUGAUAAAAAUGAGUGUAUGUAAACAUUAGGUCAUUCUCGACUUUUCCAAAGUCAUGUAUUCUUCAAUAAAGAUUGGAUUUGAGAGCAGCUA